AUGCAACAAAGACAACUCAGUCACUCAGUCACUCGACCUCCUUCCAAGAUGAUGAAGAAGUACCCCUACAGCAUCCUCGACAGCGAGGAGGUUUGGUCGACCCGAGCCGACAGGACGGGUGACAUCAUCGCUGGUUCAGUCCUUCUGUCCACUGCAGUCCUUGCUGGAGUUGCCAUGUGGGUGUUAUGA